AAAGAAAAUUUUCUACUACUUGGUUUUUGAAAAGAGUGCAAUUUAUUAGUUUGUACGAAACACGCGCAUGCGUGUAGAAAAUUCUUAAAAUCGCGACCUGAUGCGAUGAUUAAUUGCUUUUCCUUCGAUUCUAUGAAUUUUUUCGCCCUGUACUACUAGUUUAAUUCAUUAUCGAUAAUAGAGUAAAUAAUAUCGUGCGAGUUUUUGAGAUAAGCAGACCCAGUGGUCGUGCUUUGGAACUUGUAAUAUAUACUUAAGUUUGAGAAUGGCGAAAUUUGUAAAAUUUACAAAAUUGAGAUCUUCUACAGACAGCACCUUCUGGGCAAAAUUUGUGGAAUUGAAGAUUGACAAAUUCAAACUUGAUGAGAAAAGUGUCAAUCUAUGGGGAAAUUACAAUCUGCAAUCGUUAAACGAAGACAACACCAAUCCAUUGGUGUUGGAUUUCACAUCGUUCAAUGAAGACUUGGAGACAUUAAAUAAUAAUUCAUCGGUUCUUUGCUUUGGACAUAUGAUUAAUACAAAUACUUUUGAAGCAUUUCGUCAAAUUAAUCCUGAACAAUUUAUCGACUCCAUGGGAAAGGAUAUUAUAAAUAAUAUUCAAGAUGGAACAAUAUUGCAAAACCCAUGGAAAUUGUCAUUGUUUUUAGUCUUGGCUUAUUCAGAUUUAAAAAAAUAUAAAUUUUAUUAUUGGGUUGCACAUCCCACUCCAUUGAAAUUGCCUGAAAUGUAUUAUCAAGAAUCUCCACAAUCAAUUAAUGAAGAAUUCACAGCCAAACAAGUAGAAGAUUUGUCUCAACAUUUUUUACAAUUAGAUAGCAGGACAAAAAGUUAUUUUACAGUUUCAAUAUCAAAAGAAGGAAUAUAGUGAAAUAUAUUUUGCAUUUUAUGACCCAUGUACGACUUCCAAUCCAGGUUGGCCUUUACGUAAUCUUUUAUGCCUUUUAUGUUGGCAUUGUCCUAUAUAUUAU